CAAGGCUAUUUACAUGUUUGCUUGUUGCUAAGAGAGCGCUAUUUUGUUUGAGUCCCAAUACUAGAGGCACUCAUUUUAACACGCGACAGAAAAGACAGAACGUAUUGCACUUUUAGCAAAUGGACAUAUACAUAUAGAUUUAUUUCCAGAACAAACAAGCCAUGGCUAGUUACCUCCGAGAUUCGGAAAUAGUAAGCGAGGGCCUUCCCUCUAUCAGACGUCGAGGAAGCAGCCCUCAGAGACAUAUCUCAUCACUCGGAGACGAGAUACUCAGCAAUGAGCGCCCACAUGUUAGGUUCAGCGGUACCGCGCCAUCAGGCUUAUACAGAGAAAGAGUUGAAAGCCCUGUUUUGUUUGGCAGACCUUCUUCUCCUUUCGGGAGGCCGUCUUCUCCGUCCACCACACAGACGCAGAACAGGAAAAUGCUUAUGGAAUUACAAGAUCAAGUGAAGUCGUAUAAGGAGGAGCUUCUUAAAAAGGAUCAGUUAAUCUCUCAGCUUUCAACUGUUGAUGCUACCAAUUCUAGCAGAGGACUAUCACAGCGUAGCAUUGAAAUUGCAAAGCUGGAGACUGUGUUUGGUGCUGAAAGGAUGUCUGCAGAAACUGCAAGAGGGGAGGCAGCAGCCUUGCAUGUCAAAGUGGAACAUCUGCAAGCACAGAACAAAGACCUGCAAAUACAAGUUGAAUCCAAAGAUGACAAAAUAAAAGAAAUCAGGAAGGAAGUGGAGAAAUAUAAAGAGAAUGAUGCCAGGCUUUCGUCUCUUGUUCAGUCUCUGCGUGAUCGUCUCCAUGAAGCAGAGAGUCAAAGUGGGUCUCUGGAGGCUGCAGCAGGGCGUUGUGAAGUGACAAUUUCUUCUCUGCAGAAAGAGAAUAGAGAAGCACAGGACAGGAUAGUUGAGCUGGAAUCAAGAUUGAGGAGUCAUUUAAGUGAGAGAGAGGAAGCAGAGCAGAAAGCAGCUGCAGCAGAGAAAAAAUACCAGGAAAUAUGGACACAUAUUGGGUCCGCCCUCGGAGAGGAUGGCAUCUCUCCUGCUUCUUCAAGUUCUGUGGAUAUCUUGGUCAGGAAGGCUAAAGACAUUAUAGCAGAGAAUGCCAUCAUGAAAGGCAAGCUUACCAGCUUGCAUGAAGCUCUCGAGAACACAGAAUUGGAAACCAAGGCCAGCAGAGAGACAAUCAUGAGAUUGGUUUCUGAAGUAAAUAGAGAGCAAAAUGCUUCCUCAAAAUACACUGUAGAGAUGGACAACUUGAGAAUGGAGAGGGAUAAUGCUAUUAUGUCCAAAAGAGAACUUGAACAAGAAAUCAAACUCCUAAAAGAACGCUUGGAUGCAAGUCAGAGAGCAUGGAAUGCCACGCGUCAUGAGCUGGAUGAAAGAGAAAAACGUCUCUCCCACUUGGAUAGAGAGGCAAGGGAAUCUAGCUUCAGUGUUCGUAACUACCAGACCCAGUACAAUGCAUUUAGAGAAACCUUGGCUUCCAUCCUCAGUGAUGCCUUCAGAACUGUGCCUCCAAGCGAGGACAGCAUUAAGGACAAAAUUGGUCAACUGCUAGCAGCUAACAAGGACAAAGAAUCUCACAUUGAACUCCUUGAAAGCAAAGUAAAAAAUCUACAAGAGCAGUUCCAGAACCAGUAUGAUUUGCAGAAGGAGUCUGAACAUAGGGCUCACAGAUUAGAAGUUGAGAGAAGAGACAUUGCUGAGAGACUGCACAAGUAUGAGGCAGACUUGGCUGCAGGAGAAGUCUUCAGAGAUGGACUGAGAACUGACAAAGAAAAUUAUUUGAAAUUUAUGGAAAAGAUGGCUGAAGUGAUGAAAAUGGACAGAAUAUCAUCUGAAAUUGGUUUUGACAUGAAUGGCGAGACUCUCCUAACACGAGCAGAGCAGUUAGUGAAGUUGGAAGCCGAUGCUCUUGCUGACCGUAGCACCCAUAUCUACAACCUACAACGCAAAAUCAAAACCAUGAAAGAACAGCUGGAGAGCAAAGACCUACACAUGGAUCUGCUUCGCAAAAAGAUAGUUGCUUUGGAGGAAAAAUUGGUGGGGAGGUCUGAACUUGAGAAAGAAAGAGACGGUGAAACCAUCCGUGUGAGGAAACUUCAGAAACAAAAUGAGAAGUACCAGGUGCUGCUGCAGGAGGCUAGAGUGGAGAUCACAGACCUCAAAGCUCAACUCAUGGACAGCACUAACCUCAAGAUUAAAACCAUGGAGCAAGAAAAGGAACUAGCUGGCCUGGAAAAGACUGUUUCUGAACUGGAAAAGAUUCGACACAAGCAGGCAAAGAAAAUUGCAGGCCUCAAAAAUGAUUUUGAAGCUACUGAAAACGAGUUUGCAGAGAAGAAAUCAUCUUCAUUAAACACUGUACAAGCUUUGUCCAGUGAACUACGCACAACUAAACAGCUUUUGGAAGAUACAUCUAAACGUGAAAGACAGUUGGUGGACCUUCGCCAGGUGAUUUCUAGAAUGUUGGGCCUGGAUGUAAAUACCUUGGCUAUCCCAGACUAUGAAAUCAUUUCUCGUCUAGAAAAACUGAUUCAAACUCAUCAUGCACAUACCAUCACUGCUGCUGGGUUGGAGAGUGCUCUAGAAGACAUGGAAGAUGGAUUUAUCCGUGGGUAUCAGGAUGCUCGUGUGGUACUUGCAGCAACUCCAAGGAGGUCACGAUCCCCAACACGUGCAAAAACACGUGCUCGCUCAAUGUCUCCAGUGCGAAGGGACCCACGAUCCUAUUGAUAUUACACAGUAUGUUAUCUAGAUCAAGUAUUGGCUUCCUAGAAAAUCAGUGGUGCUCAGGGAGAUCAUACAGAACCUGGUGAUUGCUAACUACACUGACUGAUUAGUAUUUCCUUUAUCAGUUUCUUGUAGAGACUUUGAAUUAGUUUAGAGCUGGAGCAUUUUAAAUUAAUAAUAUAUAUAAUAUUUCACAAAUGGGAAAAAUUAAAUAAGUGAGACAGGAAAUGCCUUCUUUUUAAGGUGUUCUUGGGUAAAGUGCAUUUCAUGUUGUUAAAGGAAUUGUGCAAUUUUUAUU